AUGGCGGACGGAAUCGACAGGCGCGCCGAUGACAAAAUGGAGUUCAACACCUCCAAGGAGGUCACAGUUGCUCCUACAUUCGAGGAUAUGCACCUGAAAGAGAGUCUUCUCCGUGGUAUCUACGCAUAUGGCUAUGAGUCCCCUUCAGCAGUCCAAUCGCGUGCGAUUGUCCAGAUUUGCAAGGGUCGCGACACCAUUGCUCAAGCGCAGUCCGGUACUGGUAAAACCGCGACAUUCUCGAUCAGUGCUCUACAGGUCAUCGACACUGUCGUGCGCGAGACCCAAGCUCUCGUCCUCUCCCCCACACGCGAACUUGCGACCCAGAUCCAGUCCGUCAUUAUGGCCCUCGGCGACUAUAUGAACGUUCAAUGCCAUGCUUGCAUUGGAGGCACAAACAUUGGAGAGGAUAUCAGAAAGCUUGACUACGGUCAACAUGUGGUUUCUGGAACUCCUGGUCGUGUCGCAGAUAUGAUUCGGAGACGCCACCUGCGCACUCGGCACAUCAAGAUGCUUGUCCUUGAUGAAGCAGACGAACUCCUCAACCGUGGUUUCCGCGAACAGAUUUACGACGUUUACCGCUACCUUCCUCCGGCUACCCAGGUGGUUGUCGUUUCCGCCACCCUCCCGUACGAUGUGCUCGACAUGACUACCAAAUUCAUGACGGAUCCCGUGCGCGUUCUCGUCAAGCGUGACGAAUUGACACUGGAAGGCAUCAAGCAAUACUUCAUCGCCGUUGAAAAGGAAGAAUGGAAGUUUGACACCCUCUGCGAUCUCUACGAUACUCUUACUAUCACACAAGCCGUCAUCUUCUGCAACACCCGCCGAAAGGUCGACUGGCUCACCGACAAGAUGCGCGAAGCAAACUUCACAGUCUCCAGCAUGCACGGAGAGAUGCCACAAAAAGAACGUGACAGCAUUAUGCAGGAUUUCCGACAGGGCAACUCUCGAGUGCUGAUCUCUACCGACGUCUGGGCCCGUGGUAUUGACGUUCAACAAGUCUCCCUCGUUAUCAACUACGACCUUCCUACCAAUCGUGAGAACUACAUCCACCGUAUCGGUCGUAGCGGUCGAUUUGGGCGAAAGGGUGUCGCCAUUAACUUUGUCACGAGCGACGAUGUGCGCAUUCUGCGUGAUAUCGAACUGUACUACUCAACACAGAUUGACGAGAUGCCAAUGAAUGUUGCCGAUCUACUUUCUUAA